UCACUCGUUAAAUGUGUCGAGCCUCCACAGGGCUUUUUAACGGCGCUGCGUUCCAGUGUUAUUUCAGUGAGACGGGCGCUCUUGGGUUUAUAUACGUGCCGGCUGUUUCAAGCAUCAAAACAAACUCGUGAGUUGUCGAUUCUUUCACCACGAUCACUUCGGACCAAUAUUAAAUAAUUACCCGGGAUUAAACAAUUAGCACGACAUGAGUCGCAGAAAAAGAGCGAAGGUGGAGUACAGAGAAAUGGAGGAAAAAUAUAAUCAGAUGGAGGAUGAAAAUGCCUCGGAUACUUCGGAGAAAUCUAAAACUGGUCUUGUAACACCUGAGAAGAAAACAUCUAUGGAGGUGAAAAAGGAAUCUGAAUCUACAGCAUCUGUUCCUUCUGUUUCAAAAACCGAAGUCAAGGAGGAGGAUGAUCAAGAUAGCGAUCAUGAAGAUCCACAUGUGAAGGAAUUGUUAAAUGGUCUGGAAGGUGCAGCCUUUCAAAGUCGUCUUCCAUUUGAUAAAUUGACGUCUACCGAAGCUGCUUGCUUUCCUGACAUCUCUGGUGGACCUCCGCAAACACAAAAAGUGUUCUUACAUAUUAGGAAUAGACUUCUGCAAAUUUGGCUGGAAAAUGCAAAACAACAGUUAAUCAUUGAAAAUGCACUACCGCAAAUUGAAUCACCUUAUAAUAGUGAUACAGUACUCGCUCGUAGGAUUCAUGCCUUUUUAGAGCGGCAUGGUUUCAUAAAUUUUGGAGUUUUUAAACGUCUUAAGCCCUUGCCAAGCAAAAAAUUAGGUAAAGUUAUUGUAAUAGGAGCUGGUAUUGCUGGAUUAGCAGCAGCUCAACAAAUGCAACAAUUUGGUUUAGAAGUAGUUGUGUUGGAAGCUAGAGAUCGUGUUGGUGGGCGAAUUGCUACGUUUCGUAAAUCAAAUUAUAUUGCGGAUUUGGGAGCUAUGGUGGUCACUGGUCUAGGUGGAAAUCCUGUAACGACUCUUAGUAAACAAAUUAAUAUGGAGCUUCAUAAGAUACGACAAAAGUGUCCGUUGUAUGAAAGUGACGGCCAAACGGUUCCUAAAGAUAAAGACGAAAUGGUUGAACGAGAAUUCAAUAGAUUACUGGAGGCGACCUCUUAUCUUUCGCAUCAAUUAGAUUUUAAUUACGUAAAUAGUGCAGGAUCUGGAGGACAAGGUAGUAAUACGCGUCCAGUAUCCUUAGGUCAAGCAUUAGAAUGGGUAAUUCGUUUACAAGAACAAGGUGUGAAGCAGCGUCAAGUAGCGCAUUUACGUUCUGUACUUUCGUUGCAAGGACGAUUAAUCACUAAUCAGCAUAGAAUGAUCUCUAUUAUGGAUCGUUUGAUGGAAUUGAAUAAGCAGUACAAGGAAAUGACAGAAAGUAAGUCACAAACUCGAGAUAUUACGCAGGAAUUUGUGCUCCGAUCUAAACUGCGCGAUCUUCAUAAUGCUUGCAAGGAGUGGGAUCAAUUAUCAGAUCAGCAAAAAGAAAUCGAAGCAAAAUUACAAGAACUGGAGGCAUCACCUCCUAGUGACGUCUACUUAUCGUCCAAAGAUCGGCAGAUUUUAGAUUGGCAUUUUGCAAACUUAGAGUUUGCCAACGCAACAUCCUUAUCAAACUUGAGUUUGAAGCACUGGGAUCAAGACGACGAUUUCGAGUUUACUGGAAGUCAUCUAACGGUUCGCAACGGUUAUUCUUGCGUACCUGUUGCUCUCUCGGAAGGACUUGAUAUUCGAUUGAACACAGCUACCAGGGCGGUGCGAUACGGGCCAAAUGGCGUAGAAGUAUGGGCCGCACCCUCUCGCAGUCCGCACACAAAUCACACCGUUUAUAAAGCGGACGCUGUUCUGGUUACGCUACCCCUUGGCGUCCUCAAGACUUCCGCACCGCCUUCCGGGGUCACCUUCAAUCCGCCGCUUCCGGAGUGGAAGUCUCAGGCCAUUCAACGACUGGGCUUUGGCAAUUUAAAUAAGGUAGUGUUAUGCUUCGAGCGCAUUUUCUGGGAUCCAACGGCCAAUUUGUUCGGCCACGUGGGAAGUACCACCGCAUCGCGCGGCGAGCUCUUCCUGUUCUGGAACUUAUACAAGGCGCCGGUCCUGUUGGCCCUCGUCGCCGGUGAAGCGGCUUGCGUAAUGGAAAAUGUCAGUGACGACGUUAUCGUCGGCCGUUGCAUCGCCGUUUUGAAAGGUAUUUUUGGGAACCAAGUGGUACCGCAACCACGCGAAAGCGUUGUGACGAGGUGGCGGGCGGAUCCUUGGGCACGAGGAUCCUACAGUUUCGUCGCGGUCGGUAGCUCCGGCAGUGAUUACGAUCUCCUGGCGGCACCCGUGUCACCUCCGCACCUGCUCAAUCAGCCCGCGCCGCAGCCGAGAGUGUUCUUCGCAGGAGAGCACACUAUUCGGAAUUAUCCUGCCACCGUACAUGGCGCAUUCCUCAGCGGCCUUCGUGAGGGUGGACGUAUAGCCGACCAACUUUGUGGAAGUCCUUACGCGCCACCAACAAUGACAGCUUCCGUUCCGCCAUCAACGGGGAUCACGCCAACGAACAGCGGCAGCAGCUCGACGCCUUAGUAUUUUCGUAUCGACUAUUUUGUUUCUAUCUUUGUGAGGGAGGAUGGCCAUUCAAGAAAAAGCACUUUCUCAAAGCUCUUCCGGCAAAAAGCUACAGAAGCCCAAGCUACAAAGAGAAUUCUCCACGAUAAUUCCCAGUCAUAUGACACAACUUUACAAACGUACUCGUUAGUUAUUAUUUUUGCACGUAAUUGUUUUUGAUGAAUAGCUUGUUAUGACUUUAAUUAAAAGAAUUAAUUGAAAGAAUAUUAAAUAAUUUUGAAACAUUCAAUUUUUUCACAAUACGCUACAUUAUCAAAUAUAUACAUUUAUUCAUACACGCAAAUACACAGCUCAAAUGGUUUAUUUAUCAUUAUUCAUACAUAUGUGAGAAAACAAUAAAAAAUAUACAUAUAAUAAAUAAAUAUGUAUAUAUAUGUAUAUUUUACUUUAUAUUGUAUUACUUCUUUAUCUAUAUGAAUAUAAAUGACCGCUCGAUUAAGGUAUCGUUCUUUCCACACAUUUUCUUAUAUAAGUAACACUCCAUUUAUUACAAUGUCCCAAUUUUUAUAUAAUUAUGCUGCCGUUAUUGAUUAUGUAGCAUGAUUUAUGAUUCACAUGAUUUGCUGCAUAUUUCUUGCAAUUUUGUACUCUUCUGUCAUUGACAAGUAUUAUUAUUUAUAUAAACGUACCAGUAUGUUGAUGGAAUAAAUACAAAAUAAAGUGAUGCUCUUGAAA